AUGUCAGCUCCCGAUAUCUCUCGCCAGAUUGUUGGCCUCAUCAGGGUUACCGAAGGAAUAGUGGAGGCGUAUGACUCUAUUAAAGACCUCUAUAGUCUACCCGAGGCCUUCCAGGAAGUCAAUAAACAGCUUCCACUGGUUAGUCAAACCUUGCGAGAUGCCAAGGGCCCGGCAAAGAAACUGAAACCUGCCGAUGACGCCAAGGCACUGGAAACUGUCUUGUAUAGCUGUGGCGAGAAAGCCGGCAAGCUGCUGGAGACCUUCCAGAAAAUUGGCAAAAAGUCAAAGGACCAAUAUGACUCUUCCGUGUACCGAGAAAUCAUUAUCAAGCAGGGCCAGCAGCGCGUGGAGACAUUGAUGGCCGGUAUUCUGGAGGAUCUAAGAGCCAUGGUCCUGCACAAGAUAUUUCUGGGACAGAUGCAGAGGCAAAUCGAACCGUUGGCGAAGGCUCGUGAGGAGCUGGCGGGAAUUUCUCCAUCACUAGCCGAUUCCGAUCUGACAGAGCAGCCCAGGGCUGCUAGCCAGUACGGCGAUAACAAUCGCCAGUACAACCUGUUCGGUGAGGGCACACAGAAAGUCGCAGAUGGCCACUAUUUUGAGGCGAAGGGAAACCAGAACUUCGGUAUGAUCCCGGGUAAAGAGUCUGUAGAGACCAUGGUGGCAUAG